GGCCCAGCGCGGCUCGGAUUCUGUGGCGCUGCUCCGGUUGAGAGUGGGUGGGGGAGAAGCGGGCUGUGUAGCAGCUGCAGGAGCUGUCGGAGCCGUCCCUUGGGAGAAACUCCUCGAGGUGCCCAGGCUGAGACUGGGGGGUGAUGGCAGUGUGAGCUCUAGAUGGUGUGAGACCGGCCCAAAGCCAGACAAUGGCUGCAGCCUUGGAACCAGAGGACCAGGAUCUUUGGGAAGAAGAGGGGAUUCUAACGGUGAAAUUGGAAGACGAUUUCACCUGUAGGCCAGAGUCUGUCUUACAGAGGGAUGACCCUGUGCUUGAGACCUCACACCAGAACUUUCGACGCUUUCGCUACCAGGAAGCAGCAAGCCCUCGCGAAGCUCUCAUUCGACUCCGAGAACUUUGUCACCAGUGGCUGAGGCCAGAGAGACGGACGAAGGAGCAGAUCCUGGAGCUGCUCGUGCUGGAGCAGUUCCUCACUGUCCUGCCCGGAGAGCUGCAGAGCUGGGUGCGGGGCCAGCGGCCAGAAAGUGGCGAGGAGGCUGUGACGCUGGUGGAGGGUUUGCAGAAACAGCCCAGGAGACCAAGGCGGUGGGUGACUGUCCAUGUUCAUGGCCAGGAAGUCCUGUCAGAGGAAACAGAGCAUCCAGGAGCAGAGCCUGAGUCACCUAGUGAGCUGCAGGAUCCUGCGCAGACCCUGAGCCCCGAGGAAUCCUGUGAGGAGACCACUCAGAGCCCAGCCCUGGGGGCCACAGCAGAGCAGAGCCUGUGCCGUGACCUGGAGCUCCAGCCUCUGCAGGAGAGCGAGGUUCCAGUGCCCCAGGAGCCAAGCCUUCCUGAAGAGAGGACCACUGGAAACCCAGAGAUGGCAGCCCUUCUGACUGCGCUGUCACAGGGCUUGGUAACUUUCAAGGAUGUGGCUGUAUGCUUCUCCGAGGACCAGUGGAAUGAUCUGGAUCCAACACAGAAAGAGUUCUAUGGAGAAUAUGUCUUGGAAGAAGACUGUGGAAUUGUAGUCUCCUUGUCAUUUCCAAUCCCCAGACUAGAUGAGAUUUCCCAUGUUAGAGAAGAACCUUUGGUUCCAGAUACUCUAGAGCCUCAAGAGCCAGAAAUCCUGAGUUUUACCUACACAGGAGAUAGAAGUGAAGAUGAGGAAGAGUUUCUUGAGCAAGAUCUGAGUUUGGAGGACCUACACAUGUCUGUUUUAGGAGAUCCAGAAAUCCACCAGACUCCAGAUUGGGAAAUAGUCUUUGAGGAUGAUCCAGAUAGACUUAAUGAAAGAAGAUUUGAUGGAAAUAUUUCUCAAGUUAAUAGUUUAACAAAUCUUCAGGAAACCACGCCUAUCCACCCACUGUUAGGGAGACAUCAUGGUUGUUCUGUAUGUGGAAAAACUUUUACAUGUAACUCCCAUCUUGUUAGACACCUGAGAACUCACACAGGAGAGAAACCCUAUAAAUGUGUGGAGUGUGGAAAGAGUUACACACGGAGCUCUCAUCUUGCCAGGCACCAAAAGGUUCACAAACUGGGCACACCUUAUAAAUUUCCCCUAAACCGGAAGAAUAUGAAUGAGACAUCCCCUCUGGUCCCGGCUGCGAGAACUCCACCUGUUGAGAAGCCCUAUAGAUGUGAUGAUUGUGGCAAACACUUCCGUUGGACUUCAGACCUUGUGAGGCAUCACAGAACACAUACAGGGGAAAAACCCUUCUUCUGUACUAUUUGUGGCAAAAGCUUCAGCCAGAAAUCUGUGCUAACAACACACCAAAGAAUCCACCUUGGAGGCAAACCCUACUUGUGUGGAGAGUGUGGAGAGGACUUCAGUGACCACAGGCGAUACCUGGCACACCAGAAGACGCACACUGCCGACGAGCUCUAUCUCUGUAGUGAGUGUGGGCGGUGCUUCACCCAUAGUGCUGCAUUCGCCAAGCACCUGAGAGGACAUGCCUCAGUGAGGUCUUGCCGCUGCGAUGAGUGUGGGAAAAGCUUCAGUCGGAGGGACCACCUCGUCAGGCACCAAAGAACACACACUGGUGAGAAGCCAUUCACUUGCCCGACGUGUGGGAAGAGCUUCAGCAGAGGCUAUCACUUAAUCAGGCAUCAGAGGACCCACUCAGAAAAGACCUCUUAGCUAGAAGCCCAACUCAGGAGAUCUACGCUUGGCUCUGACCCAGGCACGGGCUUGAAGAAGCCCUCUGGCUAUCCUGGGGAGGCCUUUUCCAGGGAGUCUCCCUGACUUGCCCAGAUCGACAUAACUUCUAACCCCCACCCCAGGCAGAGCCUCUCAACUUCUCCUUGAGAAGCUAUUUUGCCCAAAAUUAUAACUUGAGUCAAGGCUCAUUCCUUGACUGGAGUGCUCUUGCCUCUGUGUCAUGGGUAUGAAGUAGGAGAAUUAGAAGACUUAAGAGUUGUGGCUAUUCUGUUUUUCCCAAUAGGCUGUUAGCUAUUCUAAAGACUACUCAACAGCCUGAAGUUUAAAGUUGCCCAGAAAAACCAUUUAGAUUUUGUAAGGGACCAGCCUACAGGACUCUGUCCUUCCUGGGCUCAGAUCUUAAAGCACACAGCCCUGAACUCAAGGCCGGAUAUUUGCAUCCUGAUGGCUUUGCCACACGUCACAGGAUAACUACACAUCUCACUGACUCACUUCCUCACCAUGCACUUUCCUUGAUACUGGGGAGAGUUGGGAGAAGUGUAUGAUGGGUGAAAACCUCAAAGCUGCUUCAUGUGGACCUUGUCAGGGUGCUCCCUUCCCUAUGGUCAAAGUCACACCAAGUGCCGACACUGCUAGAAAGGAGGACCUAGUCUGAAGCCUCUUUCCUUGUGUGGGGGGUUUUUUGUUAGAACACUCAUGCUGUUAGCCUUCCUACUAUUCUACCAGUCUCAGUUUUGUCCCUAGCACUUCUCCUACCACAAGUGAGAUGUAGCAUUUGGGUGCUGAGGGAUUUAGUAAAGCAUAAUUAAGUCAUAAUGAAAGCAUUUACAUUCCCACAUAUGUACCAACCCACUCACGCCACCUUCUUCACAGGGGUGUGUGAGGGAAUUUUGAAGAGUGUCAGUUUAUAAGGGCACUAUUAAUUACAGAAUCAUGACUGACUGGGUCACCUCACUUAAAUGAAGAAAACCGCAGAUCUGAGAUCAGAUGGAAAAACUUAAGAAAAAGCUAUUGCUGCUGGCCAAGGCCAUCAAGACUAUUCUGACACCAAACCCCCAUCAUCCUGACCCUGGUCCCUGAUAUCAGGGAAAGUUAUGCAUCCCAGCACCUGGGACCCUGAAGAAUUUACCAGGAGUAAAUGGCUUUCAUGUGUUUGCCUUGUUUGCUUUUUCUUAUGUUAUUUCAUUUCCAUGUAAGUAAGAACUAAAUAGUAGUACCAUGGCCCAGGGAUCUCUGUUGCCUGAUAAAGGUACCAUGGAAAUGAGGCUGAAUAAGUAUGAACAUCACCUGCGUUGAUUGUGGGAGUGGCAAGGACUGGGAGACUGUCCUCCAUGAAUGGAGCACAGGGUAUGGGAUUAAAGCAUGAGAAGGGAGAUGUCUGUGUCUGGUUUCUUCCACUGUUUUCCAAUGCAUGUGUACCAGGGUACACCAGAGGAAUAUGGGCAGGGUAAUAAGACCCCAAUCUUAAUAGCCCAACAAGGAAAUUCUCUUUUUGGUCAGUGAUGAUAUUUUAAUUGGUUUGGUUUUAAUACCAGUCAACCAUUGUCCUUUAGAAAUAUACACAUGAAAUAA